CCCGACUGCGUCAUCAACUUCUACAGCCAAGUUCAGAGGAUCUCCAGCAAAAGAACAAAAGGAUGGCAGAGCAGCAGGCCAGGAUUUCGUACAGGGCCUAUGAUGGCGAAAGUGAUGAUCUGAAUCAGAUCAUCAACUUGAUGGAGUCCGAACUCAGCGAACCUUACAUCAUCUACACUUAUCGGUAUUUUUUGACGAGCUGGCCGCAUCUCUGUUUUCUCUGUUUUUCAGAGGGCGAUGACCCGGGGGGCCAUCCUGCCCAGGCGAUCGGUGCGGUCGUGUGCAAGCAGGACGUCCAUCGCGGCAAGCUCAAUCGCGGCUACAUCGCCAUGUUGACGACCAAGAAAGAGGUCCGGAAGAAGGGGAUCGCGCGUAAGUUGGUGCAGAUGGCCAUGCAACGGAUGAUCGCAGACGGGGCCCAAGAAAUCGUAUUGGAAACUGAAUACGACAACUCGGCGGCACUAGCAUUCUACCAAAAGCUUGGCUUUAUUAGAGAGAAACGGUUAUACGCGUUCUACUUGAACCAUAAGGAUGCCUUCCGACUUGUGUGUCCGAUCCCCGCCGGUCCUGAACAUCAAGAGGAAGAUCUUUACAUCUAAACAACAGGUACUUAUCUUACAGGAGAUUGUCCCGUGGGUAUUGUAAUAACUAUUCAUCACAAAUAUAGUAAGAUGAUUGAAUAUGCGUUGGUCAGGGUGUUUGUCAAAGUGAUAUGUCAAUUUUGAGGAACAACACUGAUCAAAAGAGAAGACCUCUCUAUCUAUCAUUCUGGUUGCAUCUUGUGGAAUGGCUUCCUCCC